AUGACGUCCACCUGCGCCAACAGCACGCGCGAAAGCAACAGCAGCCACACGUGCGUGCCCCUGUCCAAAAUGCCCAUCAGCCUGGCCCACGGCAUCAUCCGCUCGAGCGUGCUGCUCGUGUUCCUCGCCGCCUCUUUCGUCGGCAACAUCGUGCUGGCGCUCGUGUUGCAGCGCAAGCCGCAGCUGCUGCAGGUCGCCAACCGCUUCAUCUUCAACCUCCUGGUCACUGACCUGCUGCAGAUUUCGCUCGUGGCCCCCUGGGUGGUGGCCACCUCCGUGCCUCUCUUCUGGCCCCUCAACAGCCACUUCUGCACCGCGCUGGUGAGCCUCACUCACCUGUUCGCCUUCGCCAGUGUCAACACCAUCGUGGUGGUGUCGGUGGACCGCUACCUGUCCAUCAUCCACCCUCUCUCCUACCCCGCUAAGAUGACCCCCCGCCGGGGCUACAUGCUCCUCUACGGCACCUGGAUCGUGGCCAUCCUGCAGAGCACCCCCCCUCUCUACGGCUGGGGCCAGGCUGCCUUUGACCAGCGCAAUGCCCUCUGCUCCAUGAUCUGGGGGGCCAGCCCCAGCUACACCAUUCUCAGCGUGGUGUCCUUCAUCAUCCUGCCGCUGGUCGUCAUGAUUGCCUGCUACUCCGUGGUGUUCGGUGCCGCCCGGCGGCAGCAUGCCCUGCUGUACAACGUCAGGAGCCACAGCUUGGAGGUCCGGGCCAAGGAUCGUGUGGAGAACGAGGACGAAGAGGGAGAGAGGAGGGCUGCGUCCCGGCGCCAGGACGGAGGUGAGGCCAAGGCCGAGGAGGGCGGCGUGCAGGCCGAGGAAGAGAGCGCGGAGGCCAGUGCCGGUAGGGUGGCGGCCGCGGGCAGCGAAGAGGUCCGGGACGGUGGCCCCCAACCCGCCGGCAGCGUGAAGGCGGACAAGGGCCGCGUGGAGGUCAGCCAGUGCAACGUCGACCUGGGUGAAGAUGACGUGGAGUUCGGCGACGAUGACCUCAACUUCAGCGAGGAGGACGUGGAGGCAGUGAACAUCCCCGAGAGCCUCCCGCCCAGUCGUCGAAACAGCACCGGCGACCCCCCUCUGCCCAGGUGCUACCAGUGCAAGGCUGCGAAAGUGAUCUUCCUCAUCGUCUUCUCCUACGUGCUCUCCCUGGGGCCCUACUGCUUUCUGGCGGUUCUGGCCGUGUGGGUGGAUGUCCAAACCAAGGUGCCCCAGUGGGUGAUCACCAUAAUAAUCUGGCUUUUCUUCCUGCAGUGCUGCAUGCACCCCUACAUCUACGGCUACAUGCACAAGACCAUCAGGAAGGAAAUCCAGGAUAUGCUGAAGAAGUUCUUCUGCAAGGAAAAGCCCCCGAAAGAAGACAGCCACCCGGACCUGCCGGGAACAGAAGCCGGCACAGAGGGAGGGACCGAAGGCAAGACCGUCCCUUCGCACGACUCCGCCACUUUGCCUUGAAGCUAGCCGGAAGGCAAACCUUGAACUGUCCACAGUGCGGAAAACGGGAGCGGCUUUGUUUCACGCAGACCCCCCACAGCCCCACUCACGCCAACCCGUACCAUUUCAGGCCGAGGUGUCGCACACAUCCUUCUCACCACGAGAUAGACAGACAGACAGAUAAAUAUACGGAAGAGGUAGGAACUGGAGCUUUCCCUUAAAAGUGUGCCCCUCAAAGCACGGACUUGAGGAUUCUGACUGAAAUUUCGCGCCCCAAAUUAUUAGGCUCUAAAUUUCUUAAGGCAACAAGGGCUAUCCACUUGGGUCCUCGAUCUGUCUCCCCAGAGCUACAACGUCCCAGCUUUUGCUCUGAGGGAAAAGGAAGAGGAAGAUGACGCCUGUGAACCUGGGGACUUUUAGGCCCUCGGGUCAAGAGAUUAUGGGUGAGAGCUACAGCCUAGGUUCAACUGAAAGAAAAGCAGUGGACCAAAUCGUUCCUGGAGCCCAGGAAGCAGAACCCGACUGACUGAUCAGUGUUGUAAACUGAAGAGACCCACAGUGCGGUGCAAAGACUGUUUUGGAACCUAAGACAAAGGGCGUCGUGUGUUGAAGAUACGAAGAAGGUUCCCAGAUCCUCUCAAGGGACCCAGAGAAGUGGAAGAGGAUAUCAGGGCAUGUUCGAAAUGGGAAGCCGGUCCAAGGGAACAGUUAGAGAAAUAACACACAUCCAUGAGGCUAAACAGUUGGCUGUUUUCUUUUUCUGUAAAACCCUGGGUUUGUGCAUGGGCUGGGACCAAGGUCAUUCCAUACGCAUGGAAAAUUGUCAGUUGACACUAAAACGGUGUUUGUUCUGUCUCCUAUUUGAGCCACGGUGGGACAGGAAUCACGCCACUACUUUGUAAUGUCCCUCUUGUGGUCGAAUUGGGAUGCCCGUCAGAAUCUUCCACAUCUCCUCUGCCAGUCCCAGAGGCCUUUUCGGUCAAACAGAUUUUUCCAGAAAAAAAAAAGAAAUGUAACUAGGAGUGGCCAAAAGUUUCUCAAACUCACACUCCCGAUCGAGAGUGACGUGCCCAUUAGAAAUCUCUUUUGUGUCAAGGGGAUCGUAGACCAGAAACGUGACCUC